AUGGCUGCGCGCGGUCUCCCCUCCGGCGGCGGCGUGGUGCUGCCGUCACCCUCCUCUCUGGGCAGCUGCGAGCCCGAGUCCCUGGGCGCGUCCUCCGCGGCCUCCUCGUCGCAGUCCAACGGCAAGUACUACAACCCCGUGGUCAUGGACAUCAUCCGCGAGGACUGGAUCCAGCAGCAGCUGCAGCAGCGCCAGGCCGCGUACACCGAGUUCCGCCCAACGCGCGUCGUCACGGGCACGUGGAACGUCAACGCCAAGAAGCCGCUGGCGCCCGCCGAGGCCGCCAAGAUCGUCAGCUGGCUGCAGCCUCAAGGGACUGCGACGACGACGAGUCGCGAGCCGCCGCCGGACGUCGUGGCGCUCGGCUUCCAGGAGAUCGUGGACCUCAAUGCGGUCAACGUGGUGGUCAACAGCGCGCUCACGGUGCAGCGCAGCUCGGCGUGGGAGGAGGCGGUGCUCACGGCGCUGAACCGGCACAUCGGCCCCGGUGCUGGGGCUGGAAGCGCGGAGGCUCCGGCGUUGCAGUACCGCGUGGUGCUGGAGAAGCACCUGGUGGGGAUUCUACUGCUGGUGUUCGUGCGCACGGACCACUGGGACCAUGUCAAGGAGAUCAAGGGAGCGACGGCUGGGGUCGGCAUCAUGGGCGUCAUGGGCAAUAAAGGAGGGGCUGCGGUCAGACUUAAAUUCUACAGCAGCACGCUCUGCUUCGUGUGCGCGCACUUGGCUGCACACAGGGAGAACGUGGCUGGGAGAAACGCGGACUAUCUUAAUAUUCUGAGUAAGGUCCAGUUCGGAGAUAGCGCCGAGGACGGAGCCGCCCCGAUUCAGGACAUUAGUGGCAGGUUCUGGAGUGGCGAGCCGUCGAUCCUCAACCAUGACUUUGUUUUCUGGAUUGGAGAUUUGAACUACCGAAUCCAGGAUGCUUUGACGACGGAGGAAGUUUUCAGGCUAGCGGAGAGUGGACGGUCGCUGGAUAAGCUCGUGCAGCACGAUCAGUUGACGAUUGAGCGCCAACGUGGCAACGUGCUCAAAGGUUUCCAAGAAGGGCCGCUUACUUUCCCGCCGACGUACAAAUUCCAGGCUGGUACGUCAGAGUAUGAGAAGCGACCCGAGAAGAAACUGCGGGCUCCUGCCUGGUGCGAUCGCGUGCUCUGGAGAGCGAAGAGCCCGAAUGACGUGAAGCUUCGAAGUUACACUUCCGUUCCUGUCCUGGAUCUGUCCGAUCACAAGCCCGUUCAAGCAUGCUUCGACAUUCAGGUGAAAUACCAAGUGGAGUCCAAGAAAAAUGAGGUGAUCCGGGAAAUCAUGAUGCAACUGGACAAGUGGGAGAACGAGAACAUGCCCAAGGUUCGCCUGCUUCAGGAAGACGGCAGCACGACGAGCAGUGGCGUCAUUUCUUUCUCGCAGCUGAAGUUUAACGUCGAGCAGAGCAAGAAGGUGAUCAUCGAGAACACGGGACUUGUUGUGGCGCACCUGCGCUUCAUCCCAAAGCUGGAAGACGUCACAAUAUGUAAACCGUGGCUAAAUGUUGCACCGAUGUUUGGCAUGAUUCCGCCACGGGACAAGAUGGAGAUUCGCAUCACAGCUCUCGUUGAUGAAAGAGUCGCUCACGGUCUCACAAGCGGAGAUGAGACGCUCGAUGACACUAUGAUCUUGCGCGUUGAGAACGGACGCGACUAUUUCCUGGUGGUGUCGGGGCAGUACGCAAACUCUUGCUUUGGGAGUUCGCUUGAGCAAUUGGUGUCGUGCUCAGAGCCGAUCCGACAGGCCAAGUUUACGGCGGCGCGGUCUCCGGCUGCGUCAGUGUUUAGUGUUUGGGUCGGUGGGGCAACAGGCGUCCCUAAGGAACUCUGGCGCAUGGUGAACGACAUCUACGAGAACUAUAUGCAAGAGAAGAACCUGUUCGUUGAAGCUGGCAGCAAGGUAGAGAUUGUGCAACUGCGUGAAGCACUGGACACUGGAGCGCCGCUGCCUACUCACAGCGGAUAUUCCAUGGCCGAAUUACUUGUGCGCUGGCUGCAAGCUUUGCGUCAAAGCGUAGUACCGGACGAAGCGCUGGCUGCUGCAGUUACGAGUGCAAAUGGCAACAUGGCCCAAGGAUGUCGAGCGCUGCUGGAUGCUUUGUCGCCAGUGAGGUACAACGUGGUCGUCUACCUGGUGUCCUUCCUGCGAGAAGUACUCAAGCACAACGCCACUAACAAGCUAACGCCCGAGAAGCUAGCGUUCGUCUUUGGCCGAUGCCUCGUGUCGCCUUGCAGAGUUAACUUUGGCAAGGACUUGGCUCGCACUAGCGUCGGUCGUGUCCUGGCGCUCGACGAACACAGCUCGCCUGCAUCCACAGCCUCGACGGUGUCAAGUGUUGGCUCCAACCAGUCCAAUGUGCUGGUCCCUGAAGAGCACAUACGUCGGAACGCCCACGAGUUCGAGAUCGCACAAGCCAACGCAGCUCAGCGAGCCGAGAAGAUGGAGAAGUUCCUUCUGCACUUCCUGUCCGUGCCAUCGCCGUGACGGAGACAACUGUAUGAUUGCUGGUGCCCAGCAUUGAUUCCCCUCAAACGAAU